AUGUCUGAAGACCAGCGUGUUGUUAGUCAGCCGAUUGAGCUGCAUAAACUUUCAAUUGUUGAUAAACAUUCUCAAGGUCAGCAGCAGCAGCAGGAUCAACCAAUGCAAUCAGGGUCGCAAUCACCGAGGGUCGCUACACCGUUAAAGCCUAAGAGACUUGCUAUACCCAUAUCGAGCCCGCAAAGAAGUAUCGCAACCCAGUCACCUGUGAGCGACCACCAAAGCCCAAUUUCAACCGAUCAAGAUUUAAUAUAUAAAUUAGCUGCAAAACACAGAGAAAUCAACGAAUUGAGUUUCAAGUUACAAGUUGCUCAAAAAGAGUUGAAGCAAUUAGAAUUGCAGUUCAAGGAUACUUUACCUCAAAACGAACAACAAAAAUUGGGUAACCAGAAUACAAAUGAGUACCUUUCUACUUUCACCAGAAAAAUUCAACAAACCUUAGUGGAUGUGAACAAUUCACCCAACGUACUAAAAAGUAAGAAAAGUAUUAGCGAAUUUUUUACCAAGCCCAGUCGCAGCACCAACAACAAUGUAAAUAGCAUCAUACCCAAUCGUAGGCCGAACUACUCGCCUAAUCGCUCACAACCUGUGCCAAAUAUGGCCCCCAAUCGUCCUUCGGAAUUGAAGUCAAGGCCGAUACCUCCCCCAUUACCAUCAAGAAAUGCAAGGACAAAUAUAAAUACAGCUGCUACUGCAGAUAAUAAUGCGCCAUUCCUACAAAAAAUACUUAACAAAUUUAAUCAAAUGAGUAUGGAGGAAGAAGAAUUCGAUGAUCUCUUGGAAAAGGGGAAAAGUAAGAAAGACAACUACUACAUAAAGGAAAACAUGGGCUAUGAAUAUGAUGAAGUGCGCAGUGAUGAUGAAGAUGAUGAAGAAUUUCAGCCCAUGGGUGACAUACCCAUUCAUUUAUUUAGAAGAUAG